AGCCUCAAGAGAAGGAACACAACUGUCGAGAAGUCAGUAAACAUGAACACAACAGUAAAUGGAUCAAGUUCCUGGAGCUGCUCCAGUCUGAUAAAUCCAGAAGUAGGAAAAAUUGGAGCAACAGUUGCUUAUAGUUUGUGCCUCGUUUUCGCGCUGGUUGGAAAUUUUCUCCUCGUAUUAAUAGUUUACAAAACACCGACUUUGAGAAAACCGAUUAAUCUGUUGAUUGCAAACAUGGCCAUGUCCGACCUGCUCUAUCCAACAUUUCUGUUUCCUGUUCAACUCGCAGAGAUGCACGUUGGCUCGUGGUUUAUUGGUGGUACUUUUGGUCAAGCCUUAUGUAAGCUACACAUUUUUCUUGCAGAUGCUUCUUCGUUUGUUUCGAUUCAGAGCUUAGUUCUGAUGGCAGUGGAUCGAUUUGGAGCUGUUGUAGUUCCACUCCGCUCUCGUCUCAUAACUAGAAAGCUGUGUCCAUUCUUUAUUAUCGCUACGUGGAUCACCGCAAUGGCCGUUCUUUCGCCAUUUCUUGUUGCUAAUAAAGUUGUUAAAUACCGAGAACAACUGAUGUGCGUAAGUCUGUGGAUGGAAAUCUUCGGAGGCACAUUUGCAAAUUACGCCCUAGCAGUUGUCGUCGUGUUUUUCUACAUCCCCUUUGUCCUCGUGGUGGUACUUUACUCUAUCAUCUUGAUGAAGCUUAAAAUGCAAGCCCAUCCAGGUGAACAGUCAGUCAGCGGUGAAGAACAACGCACUAGAAGAAACAGAAACGUUCUUAAGAUGGUCGUUGCUAUCGUUGUAGUGUUUUUCAUUUACUUGAUACCCUAUUUCAGUAACUUCGUGAUAGCUAGAUUUACUGCACCGGACAGUUCCAUUUGGUUUUCAUGUAGUUUUGUUCUAUACGUAAUUGUCACCCGUUAUAUAUCUUACACAAACUGUGCUAUCAACCCGAUUAUCUGCCUCAUUUUUAGCAGUAAUUAUCGCCAAGCACUUAAGAGACUUGUAAAUUGCUGUGAUACAGUACAAGAUUAACUUUUAGAAAACUUAAAGCUGGGUCUAAAGCUGCUAUAGAACAGGUUCAAUUUUUCCUUGAUAAAACGUUGUGCAACUUUAGAGCAGCGUUUCUACAUGAUCGUAGGAUUGACUGAAAUAUGACAAUAAUAGUUCAAUCCGCAAGUACAGAGAAAACGAGUGUUGGACAAAAAUUCAAAUGGAACACCAUCACUGAAACGUGAUCAUUAAUAAUUGUCGAUCGUAAAAAUGAAAAUAAGUAAAAAAUGACGCAGAGAUAGUGUCAAUCAAGAAAUCCCCUGUGUAUAUCCAUUUCUUGGUUAUUGUUCUUGCUCGGACACCCGCAAUAUUUGGCUUUUAUUUGAAGAAGAAUAGAACUUCACGCGACUAAUAAGACUUCAGUCUAUAAAAAACGGUCUAAAUAUUAUCCGAAUAAGCAUGUUAGUAUUUGCUUUUUAACGUUUUAAAAUGGAUGUUUCGACAUGCUUAUUUGAAACUAAUUUUAAGCUUUUACAACUCUUCAUGGCGUUCGAAUCGAUAGAUGUACUUCAGUUGGAUAAGGCAUUUUGCAUAGAAAUUUCUGCGCAACAUUUGUUAUAUUUUGCUGCUUUUGUUGUUUAAAGUGUGAAAUUUGAAACAAUUUUGAAAUAUCACCCGUGGUAUUUAUGCCAAAUAUCACGUACAAAUCAUGCUAUUAUUUGUUUAUACUACUACCCACAAAAGGUUUGUAAUUUUCAAAUGUAGGUAUUUCAAAUUAGGCUGAAAUACCACUGCUGCAUCUAAGCCAGUCAAAUUGCAGAAAUUUCUCAUGUAGUGGUAUAAUCCCUUGAAUACUUUGCAAGUUUCAUUGAAUUUUUAUUUAUGUUUGAUAGUCAGUCACGUACUUUGCAUGCGGCCUUUUAUUUUUUCGUGGAGUGGGUUCCAAAUGCCCCUUGAGUUAAAUCAGGGUUGCUUUAUUCAUCCUCACCGAAAAAAAAGUACAUAUUAAAUGAAUUGUUGAUUGUUCUACCUAGAGACUAGUGACUCUCCUGUCAAUAAAUUUGAUUUCAACUUUUUGCUUUCAAUUCAAAAUUUUUGCAUUUUUUGGGAUUAACGGACGUGCUCUCAGCAAAAAGAGCGCUCUAAAAUGUUUCAAUGUAUAUUAUUAAACAUCGAACGGAUUUCUAUUCAUAGCAUCAUUUCCUUCUGCAAUAUUAGUUCAAUUAUUUUUUUACCUUUUUUAUAAUAAGUAUCAUCUAAGAGAGCCAAAAGGGGCUAUGUCAUGAGGAUAUUGAUGUAUUUACUAGCUCCAUUCUGUGGUUAAGUCAUUACACAGUAAUUAGUCAUGGUUCGUACAACUUCAGACAAACAAAUUUCGAGGACUAUUCAAAGAUUUUUUAACGACAAAUUAUAGUUUUUUAAAGGACUAACUAAAGAUUUAUUUAGUAAAGUAGCAUUCUUUAACCCCCUUUGAUGCAAAAUGACUGGGUAUGACUUGCAAUUGCAUGUGAGGUACAGAAAUAGCAUUUGAGAAAAAGGAACAGAAAGUAAAAUGUUGUUCAUGCACAAAAAUGUUCUAACGCUACCUGUGAGCUUUACAGGUUCUUAAACCAGGGAUGAGCCAAAGGUGUCUGACGUAGACAAGGUUGUAUAUUCCAAGGACUUUUCAAGACCAAAUAUAGAAAUCAAGACAAGUACUUUUCAAAGGCCUAAACUGAAUUCUAGGACUUUUCAAGACGACUAGUCAAAUUCAAAACCUUUUCAAGAUUGUAGAAAAGAUGUUAGUGCCUUUUCUCAUACAAAAAAAAAGGGUAGCACAGGGUGAAAUAUAGUCCCGUUUUACCUGCAAAUUUUGACAAAUUUUCCGUAUCACGUGCUUUAUAAAUCAAUUUUCAUUUGAAAAAAGGAACAGAAAUAAAAUAUUGUUCAUGCACAAAAAUGUUUUAACACUACCGGUGAGCUUAAGUACAAGUUCUAACACUAAGGACGAACCAAAUUUUCCUCAGAAAAAGGUGUCUGGCGUAGACAAGGUUGUAUAUUCCAAGGACUUUUCAAAGACGACUAGUAAAAUUCAAGACUUUUUGAACAUUGUAAAAACUAUGUUAGUGCCUUUUCCCUGACAAAAAAAAAGGUAGCAAAGGGUGAAAUAUGGUCCCUUUUUACGCGCAAAUUCUGACAAAUGUCAAUUUUCCUAUCACCUGCUUUAUAAACCAAUUCUCAUGAGGCACGAAUGUCCCGCCCGUUAAUCAAAGAGGGUAAGAACCGAAACCACAGUCAUUGUGGAUCACACUUCGACGGUUGUCAUAUUGAAAUACGUCAAAGACUACACUGACCGCAGGUGGCAGUAUUUGCUCACAAUUAAAUACAGUGACGCCAGAAGUGUUGUCGAUGGUUAAAUAUUAAAAAUAUACAAUAUAUUAAACCAUUAUUUGAACUGUAGAUGUUUUUCAGUGGAAACAAGCCUCAAGAGAAGGAACACAACUGUCGAGAAGUCAGUAAGCAUGAACACAACAGUAGAUGGAUCAAGUUUUUGGAACUGCUCCAGUCUGAUAAAUCCAGAAGCAGGAAAAAUUGGAGCAACAGUUGCUCUCAGUUUGAGCCUCGUUUUCUCGCUGAUUGGAAAUUCUCUCAUCGUAUUAAUUGUUUACAAAACACCAACUUUGAGAAAACCGAUUAAUCUGUUGAUUGCAAACAUGGCCAUAUCCGACCUGCUCUAUCCAACAUUCCUGUUCCCUGUUCUACUGGCAGAGAUGCACGUUGGCUCGUGGCUUAUUGGUGGUACCCUCGGUCAAGCCUUAUGCAAGCUACACACUUUUCUCGCAGAUGCUUCCUCGUUCGUUUCGAUUCAGAGCUUAGUUCUGAUAGCGGUGGAUCGAUUUGGAGCUGUUGUGCUUCCACUCCGCUCUCCCCUCAUAACUAGAAAGCUCUGUCCAUUCUUUAUUAUCGCUACGUGGAUCACCGCGAUGGCUGUUCUUUCGCCAUUUCUUGUUACUUAUAAACUUGUUAAAUACCAAAGACGACUGAUGUGCGAAAGUCUGUGGAUAGAAGCCUUCGGAGGGACAUAUCCAAAUUACGCCCUAGCAGUUGUUGUCGUGUUUUUCUACAUCCCCUUUGUCCUCGUGGUGGUACUUUACUCUAUCAUCUUGAUGAAGCUUAAAAUGCAAGUCCAGCCAGGUGAACAGUCAGCCAACGCUGAAGAAAAGCGCACCAGAAGAAACAGAAACGUGCUAAAGAUGGCCAUUGCUAUCGUUGUAGUGUUUUUUAUUUGCUUGAUACCCUGUUUCAGUAACUUUGUGAUAGUUGGUUUUAGUGCACCGGACAGUUCCAUUUGGUUUUCCUGUAAUUUUGGUCUAUACGUCAUUGUCGCCCGUUAUAUAUCUUACACAGACUGUGCUAUCAACCCGAUUAUCUGCUUCAUUUUUAGCAGUAAUUAUCGCCAAGCGCUUAAGAGACUUGUAAAUUGCUGUGAUACAGUGCAAGAUUAGCUUUUGAAACUAAAAGCUAGAUCUUAAGCGUUUCGUGUUAACAUGAAUAAAUAAAUAAAUAUUAAUAAUAAUAACAAUAAUAAUAAUAAUAAUAAUAAUAAUAAUAACGAUUAAAAAACUUCACUUCAAAAUAAUGAUGGUGAUGAUGAUGAUGAAACAUUAUUAUCGGAAAUUAACGCUUGAAAAACCACUGCAAAAACCGUGAACGAUCGAUAUUGCUCAACUUUGGAGCAAACAAGGUCGUUAUCAGUCGAAAAAGAUAAACGUAGAAAAAAAAGGACUACCCAGUAUAGUCAAAAAGAUUACUGAAAAGACUGGUCAAACAGCGUAAAAAGGCAAUAUUGUGACUGGCCAAUACCAGUCUUUAUCAGGUUCAUUAGGAAAAAAACACGAAUUUACAGAACAUAUGCUGCUGUAAAAUAAUGGACGGAAGUUGCAUGGUAUGACGUGGUAAGGUGUAAAUGAGAGCUGAUAAUGACCUUGCAAUUUAUAAGUUUACCGGUAUUAUUUAAGUCUGUCAUUUUUUUGUUGUUGUUUGAUCAGUUUGCAGUUAGUAGUCUUUCUUAAACAAGAUAGUAAUUAAUAAUUAUUAUCUUGUUUACUCUUGCAUCUAAAAAUCAGGGUAAGUUGUGAACCAAACUGCUUAAAGAACAGGUUCGAUUUUCUCGUUAAUGAAACGUUGUGCAAAUUUAAGAGCAGUGUUUCUAAAUAAUCGUAGAAUUGAGUGAAAUAUGACAAUAAAAGUGCUUCAAUCCCCAAGUAAAGAGAAAACGAGUGUUGGACAAACAUUCAAAUGGAACACCAUUACAGAAACGCGCUCAUUGAUAAUUGACCACUCCAGAAAAUACCAUAACAUACCAUAACGCUCUUUGUUUGCCACCCCAAAAUUUUGCAUAAGCAUUGUCUUCAGUUUCCCUGCAAGAGAAACUGAAAACAAUGCUUGUACAAAAUUUUGGGGUGACAAUAAGAGAGCAUUAUGAUAUGUUAUGGUAUUUUCUGGAGUGAAUUGUCGAUAAGUGAAAAAUGACGUAGAGAGAGUGUCAAUCAAGAAACCCACUGUGUAUAUCCCUUUUUAUUCGGACACCCGCAACAUUUGGCUAUUAUUAGAAGAAGAAUUAAUUUAUAGAACUUCAAGCAACUAAUAAUACUUCAGAGUCAUUACACAGUAAUUAGUCAUGGUUCGUACAACUUCAGACAAACAAAUUUCGAGGACUAUUCAAAGAUUUUUUAACGACAAAUUAUAGUUUUUUAAAGGACUAACUAAAGAUUUAUUUAGUAAAGUAGCCUUCUUUAACCCGCUUUGAUGCAAAAUGACUGGGUAUGACUUGCAAUUGCAUGUGAGGUACAGAAAUAGCAUUUGAGAAAAGGGAACAGAAAGUAAACUGUUGUUCAUGCACAAAAAUGUUCUAACGCUAACUGUGAGCUUUACAGGUUCUUAAACCAGGGAUGAGCCAAAGGUGUCUGACGUAGACAAGGUUGUAUAUUCCAAGGACUUUUCAAGACCAAAUAUAGAAAUCAAGACAAGUAAUUUUCAAAGACCUAAACUGAAUUCUAGGAGUUUUCAAGACGACUAGUCAAAUUCAAAACCUUUUCAAGAUUGUAGAAAAGAUGUUAGUGCCUUUUCUCAUACAAAAAAAAAGGGUAGCACAGGGUGAAAUAUAGUCCCGUUUUACGUGCAAAUUUUGACAAAUUUUCCGUAUCACAUUCUUUAUAAAUCAAUUUUCAUUUGGAAAAAGGAACAGAAAUAAAAUAUUGUUCAUGCACAAAAAUGUUUUAACACUACCGGUGAGCUUAAGUACCAGUUCUAACACUAAGGACGAACCAAAUUAUCCUCAGAAAAAGGUGUCUGGCGUAGAAAAGGUUGUAUAUUUCAAGGACUUUUCAAGACGACUAGUAAAAUUCAAGACUUUUUGAAGAUUAUAAAAACUAUGUUAGUGCCUUUUCCCUGAGGAAAAAAAAAAGGUAGCAAAGGGUGAAAUAUGGUCCCGUUUUACGCGCAAAUUUUGACAAAUUUCAAUUUUCCUAUCACGUUCUUUAUAAACCAAUUUUCAUGAGGCACGAAUGUCCCGCCCGUUAAUCAAAGAGGGUACGAACCGAGACCACAGUCACUGUGGAUCACACUUCGACCGUUGUCAUAUUGAAAUACGUCAAAGAUUACACUGACCGCAGGUAGCAGUAUUUGCUCACAAUUAAAUACAGUGACGCCAGAAGUGUUGUCGAUGGUUGAAUAUUAAAAAUAUACAAUAUAUUAAACCAUUAUUUGAACUGUAGAUGUUUUUCAGUGGAAACAAGCCUCAAGAGAAGGAACACAACUGUCGAGAAGUCAGUAAGCAUGAACACAACAGUAGAUGGAUCAAGUUUUUGGAACUGCUCCAGUCUGAUAAAUCCAGAAGCAGGAAAAAUUGGAGCAACAGUUGCUCUCAGUUUGAGCCUCGUUUUCUCGCUGGUUGGAAAUUCUCUCAUCGUAUUAAUUGUUUACAAAACACCAACUUUGAGAAAACCGAUUAAUCUGUUGAUUGCAAACAUGGCCAUAUCCGACCUGCUCUAUCCAACAUUCCUGUUCCCUGUUCUACUGGCAGAGAUGCACGUUGGCUCGUGGCUUAUUGGUGGUACCCUCGGUCAAGCCUUAUGGAAGCUACACACUUUUCUUGCAGAUGCUUCCUCGUUCGUUUCGAUUCAUAGCCUGGUUCUGAUAGCAGUGGAUCGAUUUGGAGCUGUUGUGGUUCCACUCCGCUCUCCUCUCAUAACUAGAAAGCUGUGUCCAUUCUUUAUUAUCGCUACGUGGAUCACCGCAAUGGCUGUUCUUUCGCCAUUUCUUGUUACUUAUAAACUUGUUAAAUACCAAGGACGACUGAUGUGCAAAAGUCUGUGGAUAGAAGCCUUCGGAGGGAACACAUAUCCAAAUUACGCCCUAGCAGUUGUUGUCGUGUUUUUCUACAUCCCCUUUGUCCUCGUGGUGAUACUUUACUCUAUCAUCUUGAUGAAGCUUAAAAUACAAGUCCAGCCAGGUGAACAGUCAGCCAACGCUGAAGAAAAGCGCACCAGAAGAAACAGAAACGUGCUAAAGAUGGCCAUUGCUAUCGUUGUAGUGUUUUUUAUUUGCUUGAUACCCUGUUUCAGUAACUUUGUGAUAGUUGGUUUUAGUGCACCGGACAGUUCCAUUUGGUUUUCCUGUAAUUUUGGUCUAUACGUCAUUGUCGCCCGUUAUAUAUCUUACACAGACUGUGCUAUCAACCCGAUUAUCUGCUUCAUUUUUAGCAGUAAUUAUCGCCAAGCGCUUAAGAGACUUGUAAAUUGCUGUGAUACAGUGCAAGAUUAGCUUUUGAAACUAAAAGCUAGAUCUUAAGCGUUUCGUGUUAACAUGAAUAAAUAAAUAAAUAUUAAUAAUAAUAACAAUAAUAAUAAUAAUAAUAAUAAUAAUAAUAACGAUUAAAAAACUUCACUUCAAAAUAAUGAUGGUGAUGAUGAUGAUGAAACAUUAUUAUCGGAAAUUAACGCUUGAAAAACCACUGCAAAAACCGUGAACGAUCGAUAUUGCUCAACUUUGGAGCAAACAAGGUCGUUAUCAGUCGAAAAAGAUAAACGUAGAAAAAAAAGGACUACCCAGUAUAGUCAAAAAGAUUACUGAAAAGACUGGUCAAACAGCGUAAAAAGGCAAUAUUGUGACUGGCCAAUACCAGUCUUUAUCAGGUUCAUUAGGAAAAAAACACGAAUUUACAGAACAUAUGCUGCUGUAAAAUAAUGGACGGAAGUUGCAUGGUAUGACGUGGUAAGGUGUAAAUGAGAGCUGAUAAUGACCUUGCAAUUUAUAAGUUUACCGGUAUUAUUUAAGUCUGUCAUUUUUUUGUUGUUGUUUGAUCAGUUUGCAGUUAGUAGUCUUUCUUAAACAAGAUAGUAAUUAAUAAUUAUUAUCUUGUUUACUCUUGCAUCUAAAAAUCAGGGUAAGUUGUGAACCAAACUGCUUAAAGAACAGGUUCGAUUUUCUCGUUAAUGAAACGUUGUGCAAAUUUAAGAGCAGUGUUUCUAAAUAAUCGUAGAAUUGAGUGAAAUAUGACAAUAAAAGUGCUUCAAUCCCCAAGUAAAGAGAAAACGAGUGUUGGACAAACAUUCAAAUGGAACACCAUUACAGAAACGCGCUCAUUGAUAAUUGACCACUCCAGAAAAUACCAUAACAUACCAUAACGCUCUUUGUUUGCCACCCCAAAAUUUUGCAUAAGCAUUGUCUUCAGUUUCCCUGCAAGAGAAACUGAAAACAAUGCUUGUACAAAAUUUUGGGGUGACAAUAAGAGAGCAUUAUGAUAUGUUAUGGUAUUUUCUGGAGUGAAUUGUCGAUAAGUGAAAAAUGACGUAGAGAGAGUGUCAAUCAAGAAACCCACUGUGUAUAUCCCUUUUUAUUCGGACACCCGCAACAUUUGGCUAUUAUUAGAAGAAGAAUUAAUUUAUAGAACUUCAAGCAACUAAUAAUACUUCAGUCUAUUCAAAAACUGUCUAAAUUUAAUCCGAAUUAGCAUGUAUUUCCUUUUGAGCUCUUUAAAGUGGAUGUUUCAGCAUGCUGAUUUGAAACGAAUUUUUAGCUUUUACAAACUUUCACGGUUUUUCAAAUCGAUCGAUAUACUUCAGUUGGAUAAUGCAUUUGCAUCAAAAUUUUUUGUGGAACACUUGAUACAUUUUGCUGCUUUUGUUGUUUAACUUUGAAUAUUCGAUCAACACAUUUUAAAAAACAAAAAACACUUUAUUUAGCCAUUCUAUUGAAAUGAGAUACUCCGGGGGCGUUUGAAUCUGUUCAAAGCACUCACGGCACGAAACAAAACACGAUUUUAGGAGGAUCAAAGUACUUUUCCCUUGAAUACUUUGCAAGUUUCAUCGAAUUUUUAUUUACGUUUACCAGCCCUUUCCCGUAUUUCCAGCCUUGCAUUCAGCCUCGUACCAAGCCAGUUCGCGCUAUCCGAGUUACCAGAGGAGGCUUGGAACCGAGUGCGAAUUUUCUUGACAAGCUUGACAGGUGACGUCACAUCCGAAAUCGCCGAGGAUGACUGGGAACGAGGCUGCCUUGCAUUCGAUUUUGUUUUAAUUUCCACCUCAAGUGACGCCUGACAUUAGCACGUCUAUACUAGAGAUCCGGCGAGAACGAACCAGUCGGUUUACUUCACCCGUUGAGUAGACCUGAGCAUUCAAGGGUUUUUACCAGUUUGCGAUUCCGUAAAAAUAAUGUCAAAGCCCAUUACGUUGCGUUGCAGUUACAUUUAGGGACACUCUUCUCCAGAAUUUUUUUUCCUCUUGUGCAGCCGGAUAACUGUGAAAUUUCUUUCAUUUGGUUAGCUGACUGCGAACGCAAGUAGACGUUUAAACUGUGUACUUCAGUUGGAUAAAGCAUUUGCAUAAAUAUUUCUGCCAAACAUUUGUUAUCAGUUUUGCUGCUUUUGUUCAACUUUUUUCUAUCAACAUGUUUUAAAACAAAAAAUGCAUUAUUUUAGCCUGGUUUCCAUAUGAUCGUCUGGAUCGUCCCAGUCGUUUCAAAAAAUUUCGAGACGAUCCCUCAAAGGCAAGAGAUGCGGGGUCGUCAGCGAUGUCUUUGGGUGAGACAAUAGAAUUUUUGCGCCUGUUUCGCAAACCGAGCCAAACAUAAUGAUGAUUUUUAUUCGGAGAGCGAACCUCAUGCCUUACUAUCGGCGUUUUCUCUCGAUUUUGCGGCGUUGAGAAGCUAGAAGAGUUCCACGAUGACAUAGUAGACAUAGUAUCACGUCGAACUCGAUGUCACGGAUUUUCUCUAGUUUCAAAUAGCGCACAUACGCCACUUCGACUUCAGCGCCAUCUGGGUCGAGUUUAUUCUCGAUUACUGGAAUAAAAGUGAUGAUUUCUGAGAUAGCCUUCGAUCGUCUCAGUCAUCUGAGAGCAUUUCCAUAUGAUUGCUUCAAAAUUUACACGAUCGUCUCGAUCGUCCGGAUAGAAUUCAACUCUAUCCACUGUCUAUCCAAGUAAGUGAUCGAGGGUGUCUCAAUCGUCCGGGUCGUUUGCGAUAGUCCGGGUAGCGUUUCAAUAUGAUCGUUUCGAUCGUCUGAACAUUAUUUGAGACGACUGGGAUCGGACGAUCGGGACAAUCAUAUGGAAACAGGCUUUAGCAGUUCUAUUGAAAUGAAAUACUCCAAAGGCGUUUUUAAACCUCACGUUUUUAAACCUGCUCAAAGCACUCACUGCACGUGUGUUUUAUCACUGCCCCUCGUCUUUAGAACAUUACUUAAAAUACCCUAAUAUCGUCAGUUAAGCGAGGUACAUGUAUGUUUUCUAGUCGAUUCGUCACUCAAAACGUGAAGACGGCUAAGAAAUCAGACAAAAAGAACACGACUUUAGAAGGAUAAAACUACUUUUUCCUUUGAAUACUUUACAUGUUUCAUUGUGCUAUAUAUACGGCUUUUGAUUUUUUCGAGGAAUCAGCGGGGUUGCUUUAAAUGGAGCAUGAUGGCGUGCAAUUUGGGUUUCAAUUGUUAAUUCAUUCUCCAUCCUCGCCGAAAAGAAAGUACAUAAAGGCUUCAAAAUCGCUGAUAUAGGUCAACUUAUUCUUGCACUAGUAUUUAGAUUUGGGGUUACUUUAGUGGGAAAAAUUGAGCCGUGUCGUUGACACUCAUCAAACAUCAAUUUCUUUUGUUUUUUCUUUAUGGGGUAAUAAUGAGCUUUUGAAUGGAAUUUAAUGGACAGGAGACACGUUUCAGCGUUUUAAAAAGCAAAUAACCUGACAUAUAGCCCCCUCAAAAGCUAUACUGGAGGGGCAGGUGGGCCCUCCAAAUGGGAAAAUCGUGGAAGGAUCAGGUUUUGCAAUUUACGGCUUUAUAUUAUUGCGUAAGUCAUUUAAUGAAAAUUCAGCAGCUUUAUUAUUAACGCUCACUAGGAGUAUUUAUCCAAAGUUUUUACAGAAGUCCAUCUAUUGAAUUUAGAUUGAAAUCAAUUGUUUCGGAGAUUGUAUUAUAGUAUUAUUAAUUUGCUAAUCAGGUAUUCGACGGAGGUAUUAUUUAUAUUAAACAUAUAUAAGCCGGCAUUACUUGAACAGAAGGUGUUUUUGGAAGCAACAAAGCCUCAAGAGAACAGACCUGUGAAUGAGUCAGUAUAAGCAUGAACACAACAGCAACUGGAUCAAGUUCUUGGAGCUGCUUCAGUCUGAUAAAUCACGAAGCAGGAAAAAUUGGAGCAACAGUUGCUUACAGUUUUAUCCUUGUCGUUUCGCUGGUUGGAAAUUUUCUCAUCGUAUUAAUUGUUCACAAAACACCAACAUUGAGAAAACCGAUAAAUAUGUUGAUCGCAAACAUGGCCAUGUCCGACCUGCUCUAUCCAAUAUUCACGUUCCCUGUUCUUGUGGUAAAGGUGCACUUUGGCUCGUGGCUUAUUAGUGGAUUCCUUGGUCAGGCCUUGUGCAAGAUACAGAUUUUUCUUGCAGUCGUUUCCUUGUUAGUGUCUAUUCAGAGCCUUGUUCUGAUAACAGUGGAUCGAUUUGUUGCUGUUGUAGUUCCACUUCGUUCCCCUCUGAUAACUAGCAAGCAGCGUCCACUCUUCAUUGUCGCUACGUGGACUGUCGCGAUGGCCGUUCAAUUGCUAUAUUUUGUUGCUGUUAAACAUGUUCAUUAUCCUGAAGGAAUCAUGUGCGAAAGUCAGAGGGCAGAAACCUUCGAAGGAGACACAUAUGCAAAUUACCUCCUGGUAGGUGCUAGCGUACUUUUCUACACCCCCUUCGUCCUGUUGGUGAUACUUUACUCCAUCAUCAUGAUUAAACUUAAAAAACAAGCCCAUCCAGGUGAACAGUCAGCCAACGCUGAGGAACAGAGGGCAAGAAGAAACAGAAAAGUGCUCAAGAUG